AUGAAGAAAGGAAACGAGCCAGACUUCUAUGUUUUGGACAAGGUGAAGCCGCUACCGGCCUUGGAAGAUGCACCAGUUCCGGCUGUCGCAGCAACAAAUAUGACAAUGCAAGCCCAAGCGCAUACUCAGAUGCAUCAACCGCGGCAGGCGAGCUCAUAUCACACACAAUCGCAAAGUGGUCCACAGCAUAUUAAUAUUGUGACUCCUCCGCAUCCGUCGACGGACCUCAUGCAAAAGUCAUGUAUUGGUCGGGCUCGGCUCUCGUCAAGCUACGAUACCCAGCCGUACAGUACUCCUGAAUAUGCGAUGCCACAAGUUGAUGAGUAUGACAUGUAUCCCCAGAUGGAUCAUUGUCAUUCUUUCAAUCAUAUCUCAAUGCAGGUUGUGCCACCUCCUCAGAGUGGAGGCAUGGUGGGGUUUGCCGGUCCUCAGAUGCAGCAGAAUACCAGCAUACGAGGAAUUCAUGGUCUCAGUAUGCGCCAGCCUCAGUCGUACCGUCCGGCGCCUCCGACAAUGGAAUCGGUGCAUUCUGAGCAAAGGCAUGUGUCCGACUUUUCUCCCCACACCAUGCAACAGCCGACUGUUCAGCCACAGCAUCAUACAAACGAUCCACAACCAUUGCAGAGACAUGCGCUAAUCACACAUCAGCACUCGGACGAUUAUUACAACUACCAGCAGCAAAUGAAGCACAUGCAACGGCUCCAGGCACAACAACAAAGUAUAUACCACGAAAGAGGACCUCCAAUUAAUGGAAUGCGUUCAAGUUCGCCCGCGCAAACGAUGAACAUACCGCAAGGAGACUACAUCGGUGUCCAUCGUCCACAAGCCCAGCGUCCGCAGUGUUGA